UUCAUCCUCAACCACCACAGUGCACACCACAUAAACCGCGAUGUCUUUCGAGCUCACCGCAGGCAUCGUCAAGCGUCUUGGGGACACGAACAAUGUCCCCGCCGACGUGCUCGAGUCGGAGCCAACCGUGCAGUUUCUCUCGUUCAAAAAGGUCGCGCCGGGCUCAGGGGCGUCGGCGACGAUGGACCGCUACCGCGUGAUCGUGUCGGAUGGGCAACAUUUCUUGCAGGCGAUGAUCGCGACGCAGUUGAACGAGCUCGUGGAGACGGGGCAGGUUGGAAAACACUCGGUCGCGGUCAUCGAGCGGUUCAGUUGCAAUCUCGUGCAGGACAAGCGGUUGCUCAUUAUUAUGAAGAUGCGUGUCCUCGCCACAGACGCGCCGAAGAUCGGAAAUCCGAAACCGCUGGCGUCACCUGCGCUCGCAGGCGCAGCUCUCACCGCUGCCCCGACCCCGCAAACCACAACUCCCGCUGCAGCGGCGGCUCCCGCUGCGUCUUCGUCCAUCACGUCCGGUCCUGUUGUUAACCAGAAUGCUCAGCGGCAGCAACAGCAGCAGCAGAACCGCGCGGGACGAGGCACGAUCUUCCCCAUCGAGAGUCUGAGCCCCUAUCAGAACCACUGGACGAUCAAGGCGCGCGUCAUCCAGAAGUCGGAUAUCAGGACGUGGUCCAACCAGCGUGGUGAGGGAAAACUGUUCAAUGUUACGUUGAUGGACGACACCGGGGAGAUCAAGGCGACCGGCUUUAACAACGUCGUCGAUGAGUUGUACGACAAGCUGCAGGAAGGGAAGGUGUACUAUGUCUCGAAGGCGAGAGUCAACCUUGCAAAGAAGAAGUUUUCGAAUGUCCAGAAUGAAUAUGAGCUGAGCUUCGAGCGCAACACGGAAGUCGAGGAGUGUCUCGAUGCGACCAAUGUGCCAGUUGUCAAGUUCAACUUUGUCGAGAUCAACAAGCUGAACGAGAUCCCGAAGGAUUCCACUGUUGACGUUAUCGGCAUCGUCAAAGAGAUCGGCGACGCAGUGGAGAUCAACUCGAGAACUAACAAGACGCUCACCAAGCGGGAGCUCACAAUCGUCGAUCGCUCUCAGUUCUCUGUCCGCCUCACUCUGUGGGGCAAACAAGCGCAAGACUUUAACGUAGAUGAGCCUCAGCCCGUCAUCGCAUUCAAGGGUGUCAAGGUCGGCGACUUUGGAGGCCGCUCGCUGUCCAUGAUCAGCGCGAGCACUAUGCAUGUCAACCCUGAUAUUGCCGAGGCGCACGCCCUACGCGGUUGGUACGACGCAGCGGGCGAGAAGGAGACGUACCAGGCGCAAUCGAGCUCGGGCUACGCGGGCGGGUCGUACGACCAAUUCGAACGCGCCGAGGUGCUACCGCUGCGCGAGGUGCAGGAGCGCGAACUUGGGACGUCCGACCGGCAGGACGUGUUCUCGGCGCGCGCGACGAUCAUGCACAUCAAGUCGGAUAACAUCGCGUACCCUGCGUGCCAGUCGCCUGGGUGCAGCAAGAAGGUCGUCCAGGGCCAUGACGGCUGGCGUUGCGAGAAGUGCGAUAAGAGCUGGGAGAAGCCGAGUUACAGGUACAUCGUUGCUAUGGCUGUUGCGGACUACUCUGGGCAGGCGUGGCUCCAGGGUUUCAACGAAGUCGGCCAGACGAUCGUCGAUAUGUCCGCCGACGAACUCACGAAUAUUAAAGAUGACGAGCAAUUCAACCGGGUCAUGGAGCGCGCCACCGGCAAGACGUACAAUUUCGUUUGCAAGGCCAAGAUGGAUACGUUCAACGACAAGACUCGCGUACGUUAUCAGAUCACCCGGAUCAUCCCUAGUGACUAUCACGAGGAGGGCAAGUACAUGGCAAACCUCCUCCUUCGUUCUGACUGGGCUCGGUGAAGCACAGCAUUUCUCUUCAUAUAGGCACUUAAGAUUCUCUAUCCUGUUGUAUUAGUAGCAUGUUGCUUUUCCCUUUCUGAAAUGACCAUCGAUCAAUGAUGUAUCCGAUAAUAAAACGGUCUACAGAGCGGUAAAAUUACAGAGACGGCGA